AUGGAAGCAGAUCAACCUUUCACUCAAAGGGACAUAAGCAAGAGUCAAUUACCGGACGCCAACCUGGCAAGUACUCCCCUCACUUCACAUCCAGCAACUCCUCGCAUGUUGCGAAGUGGCAGUGGAAAUGUAAAGAUGAGUUCAGAUGCGGCUGCCACCAAGCUGAAUGAUAGGAGCCAGGAUGCACAGUUGUUGCCACCAUUGUCCAUCCCUUCACCAGCAGCAACCCCCGUGGGUGCUGUGGAUGCAGAGGUGAUCAAGAGUGGUUCCAAACCACUUCCCAAGCCUCGGGAGAUGACGUCACAGGUACAGAGCCCAUCACACCAGAUGAACCGAACCCCACUGACCCCAAACCAGUACUCCCACUCACAACCACAUCAGCGACAACUGACUCCACAAAGACAACCUCAAUACGAGUCUUCACGGCCAUCAUCUUUGCAACCACAGCAACAGCAACCACAGCAACAGCAACAACAACAACAACAACAAUUUCAUAGGAAGUCCAUUGGUGACUGGAAUUUCGUGAAGACCAUUGGGGCUGGCUCUAUGGGAAAAGUGAAGUUGGCCCAGCAUAACACAACACACGAAAUUUGUGCCGUCAAGAUUAUACCACGAGCAGCUAAGCUUUAUCAAAGAGCCCAUGCCCAUGACCCACCACCUCAGACUUCCCAAGAAGCAGCUCAGAGACACAAAGAGUUUGAGAAGGAAUUGGCACGGGACAAACGUACAAUACGAGAAGGUGCGCUUGGCAGAUUACUUUUCCAUCCAUUUAUUUGUCGAUUGUAUGAAAUGGUACCUAUGACAAACCAUUAUUACAUGUUGUUUGAAUAUAUUGAAGGGGGGCAAAUGUUGGAUUACAUUGUUGCUCACGGAUCUUUGAAAGAGAAGCACGCUAGGAAGUUUGCUCGAGGUAUAGCUUCUGCAUUGGACUAUUGCCAUAGAAACAAUGUGGUGCACAGAGAUCUCAAGAUUGAAAACAUCAUGAUCAAUGAAAAAGGAGAUGUCAAAAUUAUCGAUUUCGGAUUGUCAAACUUGUACUCUCCAAAGAGUUUAUUAAAGACUUAUUGCGGCUCGCUUUAUUUCGCGGCACCUGAGCUACUUAGUGCGAAGCCGUAUAUUGGUCCAGAGGUUGACAUUUGGUCUUUUGGAGUGGUGCUUUACGUGUUGGUUUGUGGGAAAGUGCCUUUUGAUGACCAAUCGGUUUCUGUAUUGCACGAAAAGAUUAAAAAAGGUAGUGUUGAGUAUCCAAACUUUCUCUCCAAAGAGUGCAUUAAUUUAUUGUCGAGAAUGUUGGUUGUUGAUCCUAAUCGAAGGGCAUCUCUUUACGAAAUUUGCUCGCACCCGUGGAUGAACAAAGGUUAUGAUCAUAAGGUUUCAAAUUAUCUUCCGCGGAGAGAACCCUUGCGUUUGCCAUUGGACCCGGAUGUUAUUAAACAAAUCGCAGCUUUUGAUUUGGGGUCAGCACAGUCAGUAGCUGAAGAGCUAACUACAUUGCUCACAAGUGUCGAGUAUCAAAUGAGUAGUGAAAACUGGUAUAAUAUCACCAGACAAGGCAAGGAAUACGCAUCGGCUCUGAAUUCCAAUAUUCUUCCCGAUCCUACUGGUGGGUUUCAUCCAUUGAUAUCGAUUUACUAUUUGGUGCUUGAAAUGAGAAAAAGGAAAAGGGCCAAGGAAGAGGCUAUUAAGGCACAACUUGCGCAACAAGAGCAACAAAAGCAUUACCAACAGCAAAAGCUAUUGCAACAGCAACAGCAGGCUUAUGCAUCCUUGCCCACACCAAAGGAGGAUUUCAGAUCUCAACCUGUCAAGGCUGGUGAUACACAAGCAGAAGCUAAACCUUCUCAAUACACUCACGAAAUUGCUACACAAGUUCCUAUAGUUGGACAGUACAACCCAUCUCAGGAAGCACCCAAAACACCACAACCUAGAAUAGUUGAAACUUUUGCUGGUUCGCCUUCAAAAACAUUGGACCCAAAGCGCGACCAAUCACCAAAGCCUGCGCCACCAUCAGCGACGCAAACACCUGUCAUUUCGAUUCCAGAACAAGCUCACACUUCAGCUGUUCCUUCCACUUUUGAAAAUCCACCCAUUGUAUCUGUUACUGGAAAUGAUCAAAUUGCGAUUCCCGAGCAGCAACCAAAAAGUCCUCGAAGUACAACUCCAAUUGAUUCGUUGGACCCAACGAGGGGUGCUGGUGCAGGCGCCGGUGGAGCUGGCAUCAACAACUUGUUUCGAAAACUUUCCAGCAAGAAAUCAAAAGGAACUGCAUCACCAAAGAUUGUUUCACCACCAGGACAUGACACGGGUUCCACAAGAGGUGGUCUGCCUCAGUCUUCACAAAGCACUUUGGAUCCUUUGGUUCGCCGUGGUGUAAGUAUGAAGGUGACGGCGAAAGAAAAGGAGUCUGGAGUAAAAACAUCUCCUACAAGGCCAGAAAGAAAGGAAAGAAAACAGGAUACCGCUACGCAUGCGCACUCUGCAUCGACCUCGACACCCAGCAGACCGCAUGGGUUCAUACCCGUGGAGUACUUACCACCAUUGCCUAAUUAUGAUCCCAGCACCAAUACUGUUACUCAGAACACGUCAACCAAGCAGCAGACGCUUGCUGUCCCAUCGCGCAAAUUACAUCCUACUGCACGAGCUAAAUCAGUCGGUGGCCAAAUUAGAAAAGAUGCUUAUGGCCGUGGUAGAAGUAAUACGGCUACUCACAAUACUGCCAAUGUGGAGCUUGCUCAUUCAACCAGUCCACACCACACUGAAUUGUCAUUUGACGAGAGUGCUACCGGUGCCUUAUUUGAUGAUGUUGCAUUGGACGAUAUGGAAGUACAGGAGGUGCCUCAACUUACGGAAGAUGAGAUUAUCAAACAAUACGAUGAAGCCAAGCCAGGGUCUAUGCCUUCGAUUGAGCAUUGCAAGACUUUGUUCUUGAAAGGGUUCUUUAGUGUCCAAACCACGUCUACUAAACCAUUACCGGUUAUACGGUACAAUAUUAUUAGCGUAUUGAGCCGAUUGGGGGUUCGAUUUCAAGAGGUGAAGGGCGGAUUCAUUUGUGUGCAUACGCCAUCGGUACAACAGCAAGCGCAGCCUCAACUACCAGCAACCUCAUUACAGCAUGAGGAUGAUGCCGAGGAUCAGAUAUUAGAUGCAUAUGUCAACGACGACGACGAGAAUGAAGAAGAGAAUGAAUUGUAUGGAGAUGCGUUUAGACUGAAGUCAUCAACGUUGAAAUCGUCGUCAUUUGAUGAUCCAAAGGUGGAGGUUAUAUCUGAAGGAGCAAGAACUCCAAGUCGUCAAUGCUCGGUUAAUUUGCGAUCGGGAGGAACAUUAUCCCCAUCGACAUCCCAAUCAAAACCACAAAGGUCAUUAACUGUCAGUGGUGGUGGGGCUCAAGGACAUCGUCGAAAAGUUUCCAUCGGCAACGCAUUCCUCAAUACAUAUAGAAAGAAGAACAAUUCGCAAGUGCAAAUGCCACCAAACACCCCAGCUACUGCACGCACCAUUCGUGGCAUGUAUGGAGGUCACGAUGGAGACGACGACUUUGACGAUAAAGAGGAUGGAAGUGGCGGUAAUGGAUCCAAUCGUACUGAAGUUGAUUUUGCCAAUGAUACGCUUGACCUUGACAAUUCAGCGGAUUCAUUGAGUGGGUACGCCGGCGGCAGCGAUAUGUUGAUUUCGUCCAAGAUUGAGCAUCGCGCUAGUCAUCAACGCACAACUAGUAGCAUUAGUAAUUCGAGCCAGCACCAGCAUCAACAACACCAGCAUCGUCGAAGCGUUGGUGGUGGUGGUGGUGGUGCCGGUGGAGUGGGUGCUGGUUCGGGUCCAAGUGGGUCCAAGUCUCCAUUAAAAUUUGAGAUUCAUAUUGUCAAGGUUCCGUUGGUUGGAUUGUACGGUGUCCAAUUCAAGAAGUUGUUGGGUAAUACUUGGAAUUAUAAAACUUUGGCUGGUCAGAUCUUGAAUGAGAUGAAUUUGUAA